CUCAUCUUCAUUGGUCUAGUGGUCAUGAUUUCCGCUUGUCAUGAGAGUUCCUCUUGUCAAGCGCGGGAGACCGGGGUUCGAUUCCCCGAUGGAGAGCUUUUCGUUUUGUCGUGCAUGUCUCAACAGAGGCAUGCACUUCUUUUGCUCAAGGAUGUCUUUGGUUCGAUUGUGCUUGUUGUUGUGGAAUAAAAGGAUUCCGCGGAACCUCAUGAUCGCUGAUCUCUGCUCAUGAAUCCUUCGAUCAGGCAGCCAGGUCAAGCCUGGCUAUGGAUCCACCUCGUUCAAGCCCCUCUUCCACUCAUCCUCAGUAUCACCAUUGGGACCACAAUCGGUGCAUCAAUCAACACACUCAAGAUCACGUUGGACAAUUCUUUCGGCUUUCCUUUACCUUGGGAAACACCUUAUUUUCUACCUUCACUGUUAGACGAAUACAUCCUCGCUACUAUGCCCGAUUUGGCUAUUUUGUUAGGAGAACCGCCAUGUUCGACAAGGAUAGCGAGACUGCACCCUGAGACAAAAACCUGUGAGCAGAGGUCGGCAUAUGCUUGCGAACAACAUGCAGUAGGCUUUGAAGGAGGAACAUUGGAGUUGACGUUUUUGAGGGCUUGUUAUGAAGACUACGGUGUCUCUAAUGCGAAGACUCAAAAACAUCAUAAGAGAUGCCACUCGAAUACCGAAAUUCUACCCGAGUUGAGCAUACUAGCUUGCACAAGAGCGAAACAACAAAUUGAAAAGAGCACGGGAGUGUGCUUUUACAUACCGCCCAUAAUCGACUGCACGAUUCAGUACUCCAAAUGGGAUCUUUUACAACCAAUGAUCAAGUCUGCUGGUUUCAGUGGCAAGGAGCACCUGGAGAUGGGUGCCUGUGAACGGCGGAUAUUUGGGGACAAGUAUAUUGUGGACAGGUUCAGAUGGUUGAAGUUUGAUUGAUACAAGAGCAUCCAUUCCAGACACUGUUUUUGUCGAAUGAACGUCACUCACUCUACAUGCUUCGAGGGUUUGUAUGCAAGUCCAGGUCCACGUAGUACCGGAAUGUGUAUCGCAGAGGAUAGAUGCAGUC